CACGGCUCUUUCUCUCUACCGCCAUCUCAGACGUGCACUUAAGAUGAUCAUUACGUAUGGGGAGAUGUUGGGACUGCUGCCAUCAUCUUCCUCACACCUCAGCACCCUCACCUCACUCCUAGAGCCACACCCAUGCAACAGAACAGACUCCACCCACCCAGGGUUUGAUUGGCUGAUGUCAGUUUCCUUCCUCUGCACCAGAGGAGAUGUGGAGAGAACUUCUCUCAUCUCUCUA